CGUGUGUACGUUGGUGCGAAAGUUUGCGAGACGCGGCGCGCUCUCUCUCUCUCUCUCUCCUCAGCACAGCAGCAGUCUGAGACAACCUGCCGGUCCGAUAGCAACGUAGCGAUGAUGACGCCUUACUAAACCGUUUUUACCUAAUCCUCCCCCCCCAUAACCCCGUCAACGAUCCAAUCCCCCUUCGGAAUUCUUCUUGUCCUUCUUCAGCGUCCCGUCGGAUCGGGAAAUGAUUUGCUCAAGGAGUUUGGUCGCCAGUGAUCUGCCGUUCCGAGUGUUAGAAGAAGAACAACCUACCCCCCCGAAGUGAUCUCCAGAGAGAGAGAGAGAGGAACCUCGCCUGCAGUCGUCACCGACUGCGACUGGAUUGUAGUUGUGCCGUAGUAUCUGGUGUCGUGUAUACAAAGGCGCAUCGUUAUCAUCAUCGCCGACUAUACAUAAUUAAUACUCGUAUAUUAUGAGACCAGUGGUUUGAUAAAGCCUCUCGUAAGGGAGUUUGUGAGAAAGGAAACAAGAAGGUGGUGUUGUUUGUUUGUGUUUUUGUGGUGGCGUAAGGGCGGCCUCUUCCUUGUGUUUGGAUAGAAAGGAAGGAAGGAAGGAAAUAAGGUGUGAGCGAAGGAAUAACUUAAAUCUCCAGCAGUGCUUUCUUUCGUGGAUGUUGUCAGAGAGCCCUCGGAGAGUAACAUCAGCUGUGCGGUCACCUACGUCGUCUUCUUCGUCUCCUCCUUCGGCCACUACAGCAGCAGCAGCAGCUGGAGUAGCGACAGCAACAGCAACAGCAGCAGUAGCAGCAGCGAUCAUGUCGUCGUACCGUGGACAGCGCCAGCACUGCUACUUGUGCGACCUGCCGCGGACGCCCUGGGCCAUGCUGCACGAUUUUUCGGAGCCCGUCUGCAGGGGCUGUGUCAACUACGAGGGCGCCGACAGGAUCGACUUGGUCAUCGAGACCGCCCGCCAGAUGAAGCGCGCCCACGGCAUCAACGAGAACAGGCAGGGCCCGGCCAAGUCCCACCCGAGGGUGCCCAUGGAGGCGCAGAACGGCGCCCACCACGGGCCCAUUAAAAUCGAGGCGGGCAUCAAGAUGGAGCCAGGGUCGCACUCGCACUCCCACCACCCACCGCCGCCCCCGCACUCGGCCGCCCUUCCUCCUCCGGGCGGCCCCGGAGUCGCCUUCGUCCCCGGGGACGUCCGCCAGAGGGGCCCCCACAUGCUGGCCUUCCCGACGGGCCUGCCCCAUCGGGAGGAUCCACACGCCCCUGCCCUUGUCAGGCCGCCCACACAUCUGACCGCCCAUCCGCCCCUGCCUCCGCCGCACUCCCGACCUCCGGGCGCCCCGGGUUCCUCCUCGGGACCCGUGCCGCAGAAGAGAUCGUUCGAGAGGGACGAUGCCCAGAGCCCCACCGAAGGUGGAGGGCAGGCGCCCAAACGGCAGCUCCUGGAGGAGAGCCACAGGCCGCCCCUCACCCGGGGGGAGUCCCUCCCCGCCGCCCCCGUAGGGCCCAACUUCAAAGACGCCGCCAAGCAUCAUCCCGUCCGAGUCUGGUCCUUCGACGGGUCGUCGAAACCUCCCUCAGGUUACCCUGGGUUACCGGUGAGCGCGGCCGCUGUAGUAGCCGCUGCAGCAGCCCAGGCCCAAGCUGCCACAAGCCAGCAGCAACAGCAGCAGAGCAGUGGGUCGUCACAGGGCCCCAGUGGCACUCGGACCAACACCCCAGAGGGUGGCUCUAACAAUUCGUCCACCAACGGGCCAUCCCCCAUGGCUGCCCUUCAGAGCGUGACCGACAACCUGCCCCCGGGGUCGCCCCGAAGUCACGCCUCGGCCUCUCCGCAGCAGCGUUCGGCCUCGCGCAAUUCACAGCUCUCACCCACCUCAGGCGAGCCCCGGAGGAGAUCCUCAGGAGGCGGAGGAGGAAGGCAUGGCGACUCCAGCGGGGACAGCAGCCCUGGGGCACAGGGUAGUGCAGCUGCAGUGAGCGAUGCCCCUCAGCCCAGCAGCAACCUCAAGUGUACUAUAUGCACUGAACGGCUGGAGGACACGCAUUUCGUACAGUGCCCUUCCGUCCUGCACCACAAGUUCUGCUUCCCUUGCUCGAGAGAGUCCAUCAAGAGGCAGGGAGCUGGUACUGAGGUUUAUUGCCCAAGUGGCGAGAGAUGUCCCUUGGCCGGCUCUACCGUGCCGUGGGCCUUCAUGCAGGGAGAGAUCGCAACCAUUUUGGGCACGGCCAACAUGUUGCCCCAACACUCACAGGAUGAAGCCAAAACCAAGAAGGAGAGAGACACAUAGAGGGCCUCCUUGGAAGUCCAUUGGUUUUAGUUGAAAGGUCACCAGUGAUGGUGUACUGGUAUUGACCACAAACCAUUUUCAGCGGCAACUUCUACCGCAAAGUACCCCGUGGAGGGUACGUGGUAACGCUGCGAUUGCGUGUCCAAAUGGUGCUGGAUUCGGUCCUUGGCUACGGACUCUGCCUAGUAGUGGUGAUGGUGUUGGUGGUGGGCACGAAGAAGGGGUGGUCUCUCUCUCUCUUUCUCUUGUUGUUAGAAGUAGCCCCAUAGCCACACUGCCCACAGAUAGAUGUGUUGGGUGGGUGGGUAUUGCCACUUGACAAGGCAGCCCUGAUCUUUGGGGCAGAGUCAGCUAGUGCAGGGAGUCUUACAUUAGUGUGACUGUUAGCCAAUUGUGCGGACAUAAAUACAGUGUGUCAGUGAAGUGGCCCUCUUUGGACGGCCACACUUUCUGCCUUUCAGAAGAAGUGAUUUACUGCCGAAACGAUGAUUACUGCAUUAAUAAUAAUACUACUACUGAGAUGAUGAAUGCUGCUGCUGCUGCUGCUGCUAUUACUGCUGCUGCAACACUGGGACAACAACACUGCUUAUCCCCAGCCUCUCUCUCUCUCUCUCUCUCUCUCUCUCUCUCACUCUCUUCUCUCUCUUUCGCUCUCUCUCGACCUACGUGUUUCCUUCACCGAAACCGACAGAGACCGUGGAUUUUACGGGGAACAUUUGUUGAUUUCCUCUUUUGUUCGUCAGAGAAUGACUUGUUUUAGGGUGACUUGGAUAAAAACCUUGAUUUUGCUGAUUUAGGACAGUGGCAUGCCACCCAGCCAGCCAGCCAGUUAGUUUUGGGGGUUAGGGGGCCUCUUGUAGAGAAGAUAGAGUUCUGGAAAGAGCCCCCUUCCCUGUGUACGUCCUGAUUCUUUCUUCUGCUGCUGCUGGUACUACUCUACAGCUGCAGUAGCAGCAGCAAUUGUUGUUGUUGUUGGAGCUAUUUUGAUUAGCUUAGUGCUGGCAGUUUUCUUUAUUUUGACCUGUCGUCAACCAGUGUCUGCUACAGGUGUUGCCAGCUGCAAUGUCUCAGUUAUUUUUUUUUUUUUGAUCACAAGCAAACGACUGUCGACUCGGACCUGUCGUCUUGGUGGUUUUUUGAGUCCAGUUUACCCCCUCGGAGUUCAGCUGAAUUGUUAUUGUAAUCUCUUAGGCUGUACAUAAGUGUACACUCAACACACUGUACUUUUCACACUGCUGCAAAAUAUAAAAAAAAAGUAAAAUAAAAUAAACUGUGUGAUGUUCGCGAUGACCAAAGGCUUAUUACUAUUAUCUUGUAUAUUGAUAUGAAUAUAAUAAUAUUGUAGUAACGUGAUAACACACUUAGCCAGCUAGUCAUUUACGAUACUGGGUCAGUAUCUCAAUUUGGAACUCCGUACUCGCUUUUGUAGAUUUAUAAAUGUUCCAAAUAAUUCUCUUAUUUCUCCCUCUCACUCUCUCUCACUCUAAGUCUCUCUCUCUUUCUGCCUCGCUCUGUCUGUCUGUCUGUCUGUAGUCUUUCUUAGCCUUUUCUCUGCCAUGCUAACACCAGCAUUCGAAAGGUGAACAAAAUCCACUUCCUUUCCCAUUAGGCCGGUUUGGUUUUCUUCGUGUCUGCGACAAUCUGAGAGAACAACAGCACAUACUAUUGUAUUGUCAAGGUUUCUGUUUUUUAUUUCCAUCAGAAUUUUAGAAGUUAGUGGUUACAAGUGUGUCCUCGUAUUCAUUACUAUUACUACUAAUAAUAAUGAUGAUAUUUAGUAACUAUAUGAUAAUUCCUUGCGCUGGACGUGAGCUCAAAAAAAAACAAAAAAAAAGAAGGGAAAUUUUUUUUUAAAAAGGGGCCUGAGUCAGUUUUGUUUUCCAAUAUUUUUUUUUUCUUUUUAGCAAUUACACUGGGCAUAUUCGUGUCAGCCAAGUACAGUAUAUGAGUCACCUACACACAAAACAAACACACACGCACACACACACAACCUCUUUCACUGGUAAAGACUAUUUAUGUGUAGUUCUGUCCGUUUAAUUUUUGAACCAGGGUGCGUUUGUUUUUUGGGCAUUGCAAAGAUUAGCCACGAUUGGGUGUCCAGUACAGUGGUUCAGCUAAACCUACCUCUUUGUCUGGGAAGUCGAGGAGAGGAACAGAUGAAUUGGUUUCGUCUUUUGGAGAAAAGAGUUUUUCGUUGAGUGGGUCAGGUGGAGGAGGCAUUCAUUCAUCGUCUGUUCUGUGUCAUGAGCUGUGCCACAGUCCGACCUGUAUUUUUUGACAUUAGCUCUGGUUUUUUGACGUUAGCUCUGGUCAUUUGGUGAGAUUUUCUGGUUCUCUUUUCACACUCGUGUUUGUAUAAUUGGUCACUUUGGAAACUGGCUCUUUUCUGUUGAGUCACAGCAAGCUGUUCUGCUGCUGCUGCUGUCAGUGUCUCUGUAAUUCUGAGCUUGAAGUCAGAAGCCACUCUUGGUGGCUCUUGGUUCCAGAUUAUCUUACGAUAAGAAAGUUCUGCUUGCCCCUGGAAAGACAUUUGUGCUGUCAUCCACAUGACUGAACUCCAGGAAAAUCCAGGAAACGAACUAAACAUCCUACCAGGUCCUAUAUAUGGUCAGCCACAGACCCCUUGUCUGUCCACUGGCCGUGAACGCUAGAAGCCACAAAGGAACAUCUUCUGAAGUGUGUGUGUGUGUGUGGGUUCGUGAAUAUGUGUGUGUGUGUGUGUAUGUGUACAUGAGGCUCUCUCUUCCCUUAUAUAACAUUUCCUGCAGGACAUAGUUUUUUUUUUUUUUUUUUUUUUUUUUUUUUUUUGCAGGUGGUCAUUUCUGGAAGAAAUUUGGUUUGGGGUACUUCGUCUCGUCAAAUUUGGACCAGUUUUUGGAAUCGGCCCCUUUUCGACAUUCACGAAAGAUGUUGGAUACUUUUUUUUUUUUUUUUUAAAUCUUUGUAAAUCCAGCAUCUCUAUAGGCUGUUUACGCCCCAAUAGCGUCCAUAUACUCUUCUGUCGGCCAUAUUCCCAGUACAUACUUGUACAGAAUAGUUAUAUGUAUAUAUAUCGAGUGCGCAUGCGUGUAUGUAUAUACAUAUAUAUAUAUAUAUAAUAUAUACAUGAAUGUGUACGCUUUUGUAUAUAUGCACACUCACUUUAUUCUUGCGUGCACGCAAGUACGUUAGCACCUCCACGCCAUAUUUUGCCAAACACUGCUGGCUCGGUGUGCUUCAGCUACUGACAUCAGUCAAGCCAGUUUACAAAUUCUCUCUCUCUCUCUCUCUCUCUCUCUCUCUCUCUCUCUCUCUCUCUCUCUCUCUCUCUCUCGUUAUUUGGCUCAUGCAUUGUGUCCCAACUCUUAACUCACCCUUUUUUGAGUUUAUGUGACAUUCUUUGAUCAUUUUGGCUCGUGCAGUCUUUGCCUUUUUGUCUGUCUGUGUCAGUUGACGCAGGUAAUAAAUCUGGAAUAUGUUCAUUUCGCAGAUUCGUUUUUUUUUAUUUAGUGAAGUUAAUUGCUGGUGUCCUGUCUUCACUUUGUCCUUGUUGAAGAAGAUUGGAAAUUUUCCUGUUUUUGUAUUUUGUGUACACUUUCUGAGUACCUCUCAACUUUCCCUUUCAUUUGUGUGGUUUGGUCUCUCUCUCUCUCUCUCCUCUCUCUCUCUCUCUCUCUCUCUCUCUCUCUCUGUGCCCCGCCAAAAAUAAGGGCAUUAAUUAGAUGCAUUAAUCCACUUGGUGUUCCUGUCCUGAGCCACACACACACAUCCUCAAGGUACAAAUGAAAUGAAAUAUUACCCCUUCGGUGUAUUUUAUCUGUAGCCAGAUCUGGUGGUCGAAGAAGACUUUGGAUUCCAUUUUCUCGCAUUCGGAUAUUAAUGCAGCAACGUUUUCGUGUCCGUGACGCGUUGGAAGGCUAUGGCGUGACAUAGCUCGUAUGCGUUUAUAAGUUGGCGUCCAGUGAGAUACUCUAGGCGAUUCCCUUUCCCCUCUCGUGUUUGUUUACCUCGGGAAAUGUUCCAUCGUGGAAAGUAACGUCGUCCACUUCUCUACUUCUCUUUCGUUUUUUCCGGGACUUGGUUCAUUGUUUUGGACUUUGGGAAGUGUCCAGGACUUGGUUCAUUGUUUUGGACUUAGAGAAGUGUCCAGGACUUGGUUCAUCAUUGUUUGUUCCAACGUUUUGAAUUCUGCAUAGACGCGGAGGAGGGAUGGUUUGGCACCAAUAUAUUCGUCAUUUUGGCGUUUUUUGGGUUUUUUUUCCUGGGAGGUUUUAGUGGCUCUUGAGGGUUCUUGAGAACUGUCAAUGGCUCCUUUUUGAGUACAGUUUUUUUCCGGUGGGUAGAUCAGAGGAACCGGUUUGAUGGACUACCGUUGACAGGACCUUGUUGAGAAGGACCUCUGAAGGGACUUGUUAAGGACAUUUUUUUCGAUGUUUUGAAAGAGGAUGUUGGUAUGUACCAGCUGUGAUCGUUUUCGACCACGGGUUUUGGAUUUGUAUAGACCCACGGCAAUUGUCAGCGAUGCGCGAAGAAAGUCGAAAGGGAAAGUUCAAGAAGAUGAAAGUCUUCGAAUGGACAGAAGCCUAGCUGUUUUUUAACUUUCGAUUUUUGUGGGAAUUGUCAGGGAAAGUGGCCAGUCUUGUAGGAGACAGACUUGACGGAAGAAACAGGACAGAAGUGGAUUGAGGAGGAAGAAGAAAAUUAAUAAAGGCUUCUGACUCUCAGCUUAGAGAGAGACCAAACACAUAUCUAAACACCUCCCUUAUAUAUAUAUAUACAAUAUAUAUAUAUAUAUAUGUAUACUUCUACUACACACCUGACUUACUUACUUACUACUAAACAUCGACAACUUUGUACAGUACACACUUAUUUUAAAUAGACUGCCGGUGAAAUUGUGGCAUCAUGCAUAAUGAUUUAUGUAUGAUUUCGAUGUACCUGCUUUUCAAGAUAAAUAUAUGAAUAUAACUAUAUAAAUAUAUAAAUAAAUAAAUAUAUAUAUAUACAAAUGGUUCAUGUGGAUGUUAUUGGUCAUUAUUAUUAUUGUAAAGAUUGUACAGUGAAAGUGACACAAGCAUAGUCUAAUUAUAUAAUAAAAAAAAAAGAUAAUGAAUGAAAAAUUAUACUAUUACCUGCCGCAAUUAUCAUUACAAUUAUCAUAAUUAUAUCACCUGCCGUUCUGAUCAGUGUUCAUACCCCCUCUUUGUAAUUAAAACGGGAAAAAAAAUUAAUAUCAAGUUUGACACGCCAAACAUUUUAAGAAUAAUAAUGAGGAAAGGUGAUGAGAAAAGUGGAGUGUAUGUAUGUGUGUGUGCGUGUGCGUACGUUUGUGUGUGUGUGUGUGCCAUAAUCCUGGUGCAAAAAUAUGAUUAAUAAUAAAAAAAAACAAGUUACGGUUACAGCAACACAAUAAAUAUGGAUAAUAAAAAAUUUAUUGCCAACCACAA